CCCCUCGCAUCUUUGCUGGUCGUAAUAUGUGCAACAAGAUGGCGGCCGUUCCAGAGAACAGAGUGCUUUCGUACAGUGUUUUUAAAUGGAGUUCUUACUCCUCAACAUAUCUACCAGAGAAUAUUUUGGUGGACAAACCCAAUGACCAGUCUUCCAGGUGGUCAUCUGAGAGCAACUACCCGCCACAGUACUUAAUUUUAAAACUGGAAAGGCCGGCGAUUGUUCAGAGCAUCACAUUCGGGAAGUAUGAGAAGACUCACGUGUGCAACCUGAAGAAGUUCAAGGUUUUCGGGGGAAUGAGCGAAGAAAACAUGACAGAACUGCUGUCCAGUGGCCUUAAGAACGAUUACAACAAGGAGACCUUUACGCUGAAACACAAGAUCGACGAGCAGAUGUUCCCUUGCAGAUUUGUCAAGAUAGUGCCUCUGAUGUCGUGGGGACCCAGCUUCAACUUCAGCAUCUGGUACAUCGAGCUUCACGGCAUCGACGAGCCAGACGUGGUGCAGCCCUGCCUUAACUGGUACAGCAAGUACCGCGAACAGGAAGCGAUCCGCCUGUGCCUGAAGCACUUCCGGCAGCACAACUACACGGAGGCCUUCGAGUCUCUGCAGAAGAAGACGCGCAUCGCCUUGGAGCACCCAAUGCUGACGGACCUGCACGACAAGCUGGUGCUGAAGGGAGACUUCGACGCCUGCGAGGAGCUCAUCGACAAGGCCGUGAGAGAUGGUCUGUUUAACCACUAUAUCAGCCAGCAGGAGUACAAGCCAAGAUGGAGUCAGAUUAUCCCCAAAAGCAGCAAAGGCGACGGGGACGACAGCAGGCCAGGCAUGAGGGGAGGCCAUCAGAUGGUGAUCGAUGUUCAGACAGAAACGGUGUACCUGUUUGGCGGCUGGGACGGCACUCAAGACCUGGCGGAUUUCUGGGCCUACAGCGUACAGGAGAACCAGUGGGUCUGCAUCUCCAGAGAUACAGAGAAGGAGAGCGGCCCCAGCGCGCGCUCCUGCCACAAGAUGUGCAUCGACUCGCAGCGGCGGCAGAUCUACACGCUGGGCCGCUACCUGGACUCUUCCGUCCGCAACAGCAAGUCCCUGAAGAGCGACUUCUACCGCUACGACAUCGACGCCAACGCCUGGACGCUGCUGAGCGAGGACACGUCGGCCGACGGCGGCCCCAAGCUCGUGUUCGACCAUCAGAUGUGCAUGGACUCGGAGAAGCACAUGAUCUACACGUUCGGCGGGCGCAUCCUGACCUGCAACGGCAGCGUGGAGGACAGCCGCACCUCGGACCCGCAGUUCAGCGGCCUGUACGCCUACCACUGCCAGGCCGCCGCGUGGCGCCUGCUGCGGGAGGACUCCUGCAACGCGGGCCCCGAGGACGUGCAGUCGCGCAUCGGGCACUGCAUGCUGUUCCACACGAGAAACCGAUGCCUGUACGUGUUCGGCGGCCAGAGGUCCAAGACGUACCUGAACGACUUCUUCAGCUACGAUGUGGACGGCGACCACGUGGAGAUCAUUUCGGACGGAACCAAAAAGGACUCCGGCAUGGUCCCCAUGACGGGCUUCACCCAGCGGGCCACCAUCGACCCCGAGCUGAACGAGAUCCACGUGCUGUCCGGCCUCAGCAAGGACAAGGACAAGCGGGAGGAGAACGUCCGCAACUCCUUCUGGAUCUACGAUAUCGCCCGCAACAGCUGGUCGUGUGUCUAUAAGAACGAUCAGACCGUGAAGGAGAACCCCUCUAAGGCAGCACAGGAGGAGGAGCCCUGUCCCCGGUUUGCCCACCAGCUGGUGUAUGAUGAGAUGCACAAGGUGCAUUACCUGUUCGGGGGAAACCCUGGGAAAUCCUGCUCUCCAAAGAUGCGCCUGGACGACUUCUGGUCCCUGAAACUGUGUCGGCCCUCCAAGGAGUACCUUCUCCGCCACUGCAGAUACCUCAUCAGGAAGUACAGGUUUGAAGAGAAAGCCAUGACAGAGCCUCUCAGUGCGCUGAGGUACCUGCAGAAUGACCUCUCCCUCACAGUGGACCACUCGGACCCGGACGAGACUAAGGAGUUCCAGCUCCUGCCCUCCGCGCUGUUCAAGUCCUCCUCCGACUUCAUCCCUCUGGGGUUUUCCGACGUGGAUCAGACGUACGCCCAGCGGACGCAGCUCUUCGAUACGCUGGUCAACUUCUUCCCCGACAGCAUGACCCCGCCCAAGGGUAACCUCGUCGACCUCAUCACCCUGUAGCCGCAGCAGCGGCCCCUCCCGCCCCAUUGCCCCGUAGCCACGGCGACAACACCCCCACGUCCCCCGCGCAGGGGACAGACGGCACCUUUUAAGACUCAUUUCAUAGGAACUACAACUAUUUUUAUAAACGCUAGUUCGGUGGGUGCUUACUGUGUGCCCAUUCUUCCCUCUGUAGGUCUGUAAAAAAAAAAGUGUAAUUAAGGCCUUGCCUGGGGGAGCGUCAUCGUAGGGGUGUAAAAAAAAAAAACAAAAAAAACAAAACGAAAACAAAGCAUAUUAGCGAGUGUACUUUAUGAGUAGAAAUAUGCUUGGGUUGUGUACAUUUGUUUAUUUGUUUUAUAGGUGCAUUUUUCUAUGGUUGGUGAGGAAGAAAUUGAUACAUCAGUGCAACCGAACGCCAAACUAUUUUUUUUAAUGAUUUGUUGGUGAACUCACGGACGGUAGUGGUGACGCUCUGUUGGCCGCGUUGCGUUCCCUCUGAAUCCGGGCCUCCUCCGCUCACAGAGUGUGACCACGCGUGUUCACGAUUUAUCAGUUACGAUUUUUCACUGGCGCACAAUCACACACACUUGCAUACAAUCUUGUGUGUGUACAUUUUGUGUGAAUUUCUGGUUUCUAUUUAUUUUUUGCCAGCUUCCAUAAUAUGUGAUUAAAAAUCCAACAUUUGCUUCAGUA